ACAUUCAUCUCUUCGAUCCCAUAACCCAACUCUCUCACACAACAACAUAAACUCCAAAUACAAAAAAAAAUGGACUCGAGAACAUCAUUUCUCACAUUGUUCCUCUGUAUAUUCCUUUUCUCUCAUUUCACCCCCUCAAAUUCCAAACCUGUCACAAACGACCCUUUAUCAUUCUCUUCGUCGGCGAGUUUGCCCACUCUUACGGCGGAGAGGUUAAUCAAAGGUUUCAACUUGAUGCCUACCCGUGAUGUCAAUGUCAUCCCUGAAGACGGUUCUGAGGCUCCGAGACUCGUCGAGAGAAACUUUGAUUUACCGGCGACCAUUGACCGUCGUGACUCCGGCGGUUCUCCUUCGCUUCAGGAUUUUGGUCACCAUGCUGGUUACUACAAACUUCCUAAUUCAAAAGCAGCCAGGAUGUUCUAUUUCUUCUUCGAGUCAAGAAGCAACAAAGCAGACCCUGUGGUGAUUUGGCUAACCGGUGGACCCGGUUGCAGUAGCGAACUGGCUCUGUUCUAUGAGAACGGACCGUUCACCGUCUCCAACAACUCAUCUCUUGCUUGGAACGAUUUCGGUUGGGACAAGGCAUCAAAUCUAAUCUACGUGGACCAACCGGUAGGGACUGGUUUUAGUUACACAUCGGACGAAAGUGAUCUCCGACAUGAUGAGGAUGGUGUCAGUAAUGACCUUUACGACUUCUUACAAGCAUUUUUCAAAGAACAUCCACAGUUCGUGAAGAAUGAUUUUUACAUUACUGGUGAAUCCUACGCCGGACAUUACAUUCCGGCAUUGGCUUCAAGAGUUCACCGUGGAAACAAGAACAAGGAAGGAACUCACAUCAACCUUAAGGGCUUUGCGAUUGGUAAUGGUUUGACCAACCCAGAGAUCCAAUAUGCUGCAUACGCGGAUUACGCGCUAGACAUGAAGUUGAUCUCACAAUCUGAUCACGAUAACCUCAACCGUGAUUACGAAACUUGCCAACAAUCCAUCAAAGAAUGCAGCGCUGAUGGAGGUGGUGAAGCUUGUGCGUCUUCUUACAUUGUCUGCAACAACAUAUUCCAAAAGAUCAUGAAUAUCGCUGGAAACGUAAACUAUUACGACGUGAGGAAACAAUGUAAAGGAAGCUUAUGCUAUGAUUUCUCGAACAUGGAGAAGUUCUUGAACCAGAAAUCCGUUCGCACGGCAUUAGGUGUUGGAGAUAUCGAGUUUGUGUCUUGCAGUACUGCCGUCUAUGAUGCAAUGCAGCUGGAUUGGAUGCGAAAUCUUGAGGUCGGGAUUCCCGCUCUCCUCGAAGAUGGAAUCAAGAUGCUUAUCUAUGCUGGAGAAUACGAUCUCAUCUGCAAUUGGCUUGGAAACUCGAAAUGGGUUCACGAGAUGGAAUGGUCGGGCCGAAAGGAGUUUGUAGCAGCUGCAACUGUUCCAUUCAAUGUAGAUAAUAGAGAAGCCGGUUUAAUGAAGAACCACGGUUCACUCACUUUCCUCAAGGUCCACGAUGCUGGACACAUGGUUCCAAUGGAUCAGCCAAAAGCGGCAUUGCAAAUGCUUAAGGAUUGGAUGCAAGGAAAGCUCGGUACACCCACCGGUCGGACCGCUCGCCAGUGAUUUCAUUUCUUCUCAACAGCAGUGAUUCUAAAUACCAAGCCGAUUGUACUGUUAUUAUGCAUCUAGAUCAUCAUUUUUUAACUUAUAAUAUUACUUGUGAAUUAUUUCGACAGGAAACUUCAUUGUUAUAAACGUGAAAAGAAAACUAAAGUUGUUAUCUUGAACACACUCUUUA